CGGUGCCGCGGGGCUUCGUUCUGCGCGGGAGGGCUGUGCGCUUCGGGCGUCUGUAGCCGCGUUUGGUCUAAACCGGCUUUGUGCGUCCUUGCCCGGAUUGAGCCGUUGAGUCUUAGCGCGGAGGGGCCCGGCCCUCGGUGCGAAUGGCUGCGAUGUCCGCUGCGUGUGCGCCGUGUUCGGCCCCUGCGGCGUGACGCGGUGCGUUUCGGUGAGGCUCCGUAGGGCUGCGGCCGAAGGGGCGCUCCGGAAGGAUGGAAGCGCUGGCAGCGUGCUGGGAAACCGACCGGCUUGGGAGGAAACCUCUGCUGCUGUGGGAAGGCAACCCACGGCUUUUUCAUCGCUUAUAUAAAUCCCUAUCGCUGUUGUUAAUUGUCCCCGUGCACUUAGAAACUGAUUUCUGUCAGGGCGCUGCUUGUCAUGUGAGCAUCGUGCUGUGAGCUCCGUCUGUGGCUGCGGAAGGUCGCAGGGUGGCCGUGCUGGGUGCCAUGCCCACACUUAAGGCCGAGGCCCAGCUCGCUCACAAGAGGGUGCUUUGCUUAUUUGCUGUUUUGUGAGCGUAGCGAAUUUUGCAGCUUAUCGUGUGAGUGGAAAGGAGGAGUCCAGGCGUGCUGUGAGCUUCUGGAUGGGUAUCUCUAGUGACCAGCAGUGUGAUGUUAAAAGGAUGCGUAAAUAAGAUGAAACUGAAUGGUUUUCUUUCUUUUAAAUAGUGUCUGGAAGGAGAAAAAUGCUGUAAUUAAGCAGUUUUAGUGACAGAUCAUCUUUAGGAGAACACCAGAGUUGUAUGUGCAAGGCAAGAAGUUCUAAUUUUAAAAUUGCCCAUGCAGCCUUAACUCUAUCUUCAGAGUACUGUUUACUUUGAGGAACAGCGAAUGACCUCAUAAAUAAUGAUUUCUCUAGGAGUAUUGCUUCAUGCCUUUCCCCCUGUGGAUGCAGAUCCUUUAAGCAGUAUCCUGCCUUGUGCUUGAUAUCCCAGCCUCGCCCAUUGCGUAUGGAAGACGUGGCACAACAAGCACUCAUGCAAAAUUAAGCAGAUGGAUCCUGAUUGCCGUUUACUAUUGGAAGAGGACUCCUCAUCCUUCAGAAAUAGUAUGCCCACAGUCAUCUUGGCCAAUGAUUCUUCUACAGCAAGCAGGACUUCUUCCUCAUCCUGAGAAACCUUCAUCUCUUCCUAUGUCAGUGGCUACAAGGCCCAGAGCCACCUCACCACUCUCCCCGCCAAAAUCACUUGGACUGGGGCCUUCCUUUUAUCACGCACAAGACGAAGAGCUUGCAAAGGUGGUGGAGCAGGACCCUAUGCUGGAGGAACUAUGUAAGCCUCUGUGCUGUAAGCUCUGCAAUGUCACUCUGAAUUCAGCCCAGCAAGCCCAGGCUCAUUACCAGGGUAAAAACCAUAGUAAGAAACUCCGAAAUUACUAUGCUGCCAAUAGCUGUCCGGCACCCGCCAGGAUGAGUAAUUCGGUUGAGCCUGUGCCACCUCAGGUUGUUUCCCUUCCAGCUCAGAUGGGAUCCAGUAAACCAGGUGGCCGAGUGAUCUUGGCCACAGAGAAUGAUUACUGCAAGCUUUGUGAUGCCUCAUUUAGUUCUCCAGCUGUGGCACAGGCUCACUACCAGGGGAAAAAUCAUGCCAAACGGCUGCGUCUUGCAGAAGCACAGAAUAACUCAUUCUCGGAUGCAUCAGAACUAGGCAAACGGAGGACAAGGAAAGAAGGGAAUGAAUAUAAAAUGAUGCAGAACAGAAGAAAUAUGUACACAGUUCAAAACAACACAGGUCCCUACUUCAAUCCCCGCUCUCGUCAGAGGAUUCCUCGGGAUCUGGCAAUGUGUGUCACCCCCAGUGGCCAGUUCUACUGCUCCAUGUGCAACGCUGGGGCCAGUGAGGAGAUGGAGUUCAGGCAGCACUUAGAAAGCAAACAGCAUAAAAGCAAGGUGUCCGAACAGCGGUACAGAAACGAGAUGGAGAACUUAGGCUACGUACAAUGACACGCCACCCUUGGUAGUAGUUUGCAAAUAGAGCAGCUUGUCUCUCGCCUGCUGUUUGCCACAUGCCCUGCUUUGUGCUCCAUUUGAUAGGAGUAUGCUCUUGAGCUAUACAUGUAACACCUGCAAACUCAAUGGUAUGGUUAAAUUUUUUUUCUAUCAUAGUUGGCAGGAUGACACUGUGCAGGACAUGAAGUGUUUUUGAUGUUUGUUUGCUAGUUAUCUAAGGCUCCUCAUUGUAUUGAGUGGCUGAGGGGACUUUGUUUUCUCCUUGGCCUGCUGCAUGAAUAUGCAAAGCCCAAGAAGUGCUGGAAACUUCUGUGGUUCUACCGCAUGGGUGAGACCACAUGCAAAGCCUGUUCCUCUCUUUGCACACCAUAGAGUAGUGCUUCAGAAUGUAUUUCUCCAGCAGAGUCAAUCUCUGAAUAGCUUGUAAAAGAGGAGCAGGAAUGGGACCUGUAAAUGUGUGAGUUUGGGGUGUACUUGUCCACAAAUUGCUAAUUGUGGCUCUUGUUACAGCCUACAGUAAAUUCUUUUCACGUGCCUGUAGAAAGGCUGUGCACACCUCUCUACCUUGGAGGGUCUUGCAUCUUACUCCUUUCUGUGAUGCAGAUUUCUCUCUGAACAUCUGACAUUAUUUAUCAGCUGAUUAGCCACAUCCAGAAAUAUUCUUCUACCAAACAGUUAAGAAUUAAAAAGGGUUCUUGGUACUGUUGAUAAGUACUUUAAUGCACUGUGGGUAGCUCAACUCUCUGUGGCUUAAUGAAGUGAAUUGGAAAGCAAACCUGCUUGGAUGGGAUGUGCUGUGCUCUGAUGUUAGAUAGAGUAGGGUUAAGGAUAGGUUGGAAGGAACUGUCAGGUGUAAUUUCUUUUCAUACUGAUGUAGAAGAGAGCAUUAGUGCCUAGCCUGCAGCUUUGUUGCUCUGGGAGAGCACGGCUUCCUUGGCCUUGGGAAGUAGAUGUCAGUGUAUCCCACCUCCACAUCAUUCCUUGGAAAAAGCCAAAGGGAUGUUAAAGAGAAGAGGUGAAAUGCUACCUGUAUUAGAUUAACUUUUUUCCCCCUCUUUUCCCAUCUCAAACUGGGUUUUAAUUCCAUUUCUUGAUGUGAAUUUCACCAUUUAGGGACCGUAGAAAUUUAAGGUUGGUUAGGAUGUGAAUGUCAACAGUGAUUGUUUAAGUAACAACUUUUUGGUGAUGCAGAAGUAUUCACAAAACUUUUCAAGCAUCUUUUUAAAUGUCAAUGAAGAGUAUGUGUCUGUUUUAAUUUUCCUAAGCAAAAGUGGAAAGGGGAUAAAGAGCUGGCACUCUUCUACCCAUUUAGGUAGAUGUGAGGAGCUGUGAUUGAAACCUGGCUCAUGAUGUUUCUGUUGCAUUGGCUUCAGUGGCAAGUGCAGCAUGUAGUGAAACUCAAUUGGACCUUAUUCAUCACAGCACUGCUGCAGCUGUAGAUUGGUGGCUGAUGCAGAGGGGGUAAAGGAGGGACCAUGUCUUCUCUCUUACUCCUCCAUAGGUAGAUUGAAUUAGGUGCAGCUUCAUCAGUUUCAGUAGCCUUUUGCCAGGGAUAAACUUCACCUGAUGUUGAAGGUAACCAAUCCUGCCUUUUUUUUGCCAUUCUGAUCCCUGCCUCUUGCAUUCCAGAAGGAUUAUCUGCUUGCCUUAAAAAAUGAAAAAUGACUAAACAACAAACCUAGGUAGUUUUUAUUAGUCUUUUUAAUCCACUUUGGAAAGGCUUGUCUCACUUGGCUGCUCAAAAAUGAAUGCUUUUCUCAGAAACUGAGUAUUGUUGUCUCUAGCUAGCUGAGCACCAGGUAGCCAUGCGACCUUAGCACUGCUUUCCUAUAUGCUGGCAGAGAGCUCUUGCAAAGUAGAUGAAAGCAAUCUACAUCAUUCCAGGCUGGUCCUUGCUGUGCAGAUACAGGCAGGGCAGCAGACAUCCUCUGAGUGGGAUUCCUUCUCUUCCUUUCUGCAAAGCCCUAUUAAAUAUGCUUUGUGCACAGGAGUGUAUUAGGAGGUAAAACAGGAGCCCAGACUGAAGAGAACUAACUAGGCAGUUUUGACAGGCUGUUUGUUUCUCCUGUGCUAUCCAGCCCACGGUUCACCUUUGCCAUCCUGAAGAACAUUCUCCUUGCGAAAAUCUCCUGUCAACCUUCUCCCCUCAUCUUUUGCUGUUGAAGGGCUGGUUUUCCCUUAGUGCUAUCUUUUCCUAGUCUGACACCACUGUGCAGGACCAGAAGGAGCUGGAUCAGCUGUACUUUAAGUAUUUCACCAGUAUGAUUCAUGCUUUAUAGUUAAACAUCCCUCUUGCUGUAAAUUAAAGCAUGGUAUUUCCCACAGGCUGCAGUUAAUAGCAGAAAACCAACACUUUUUGAAAUAAGAUCUGGAGGAGCUGGAGGUACUUAUAAUGAGGACCAAGAAGGCUUUUUUGGUCUGCUUUCAUAUAGCUUAAAAUCAGUUGUUCACCUCUUUGCUUGUGUUACUGCUCCUGCUCCCAGCCCAACAAUCUGCUCCUCAUUUGGCAUUUUCAGUGACUGUUCACGUCCUGUGACUGAGUGGCUGCUGGAAGUGUCAAGACUCAUUUUGCUCCAUGUGACAUUACCUCCUGGUACAAAUGUGCUACAUCCCAUUCUCCCUUUAGCACAGGAAACUGUUGAUUACAAACACCUCACUAUCAUCAUUAAGGUUCAAGCCAAUCCAAACUCAUGCUUUCCAGCAUGAGAAGCAGGAUGGAUUGUGGUUUUAUUUUUUUGGGGAAAGCUGUUCUCCAGAUCAUUGUUCAGAACGCGUGUUGUGGGAUGGGAAGGAUACCAUACAGCUGCAAUACUAUUUUCCACACCCAGCAGAAAACUUUCUCUAGUUAAUCGAAGUAUCAAAAUCAAGAAGUAGAACUUCUGUGGAACUGUCUCAUUGGCCAGUAGGUUAAUGACCUUUGCUGCUAGAAACGGAAUACAAAUCAGUGUCUUCAUAUUUAUUUUACUGUGCUGACCACUAAUUGACUUGUUAGUAUUUAAGGCAUUACUAGGUUGUUUUUGUUUAAGUAGUAAACUCUACAUCGCACUUUGCUUUUGGAUCAGAAAUGAUAUUUAAUAUAUUUGUGAAAAUGUUUUGCCUCUCAUGGAUGUGUUGUUUUCUUUCCCUUGAUGCUAAAAGCUCUAC